AUGGCUGACUACUCCAUACAGAAAUACAACAAUGGGUAUUAUUAUGCUGUUCGUGAAUUGUUUGCCCAAGGAAUGAUGGAGUACGUUCCCGGCACUACCUUGUACAUGUUGAAGCUCCCCCAAGUCUAUUGCACCAUCCUGGCAUCAUCCAUCAUACUGCAAUUGUUUUUUCGGUCCUACUUCCUGUCUCUGUUGGGGGUUGGGAUAUUCUUCAUUUCAAUUCGCUGUCUUUUAACAUUUGCGUGUCGUAAAUUGAUAAAGAAAUGUCACAAUGGAGAUUUACUAAACAUUCAAGAGUCCUACAUUUGGAGAUCCAACUCCUGCUUCUGGGUAGUCGAGUCUGGCGGUCGUAUUGUAGGGAUGGUGGGUGCCCAGCCUGCUCCGAACUCCACCAGUGACAUGUCACUACAACGCUUGUCCGUGGCUAAAGACCAGCAACGCCGAGGGAUCGCCAAGGCUCUAUGCAUGACAGUUUUUGAUUUUGCUCGCCAGCGAGGAUAUAAACGUGUCAUUCUAGAUACAUCAACUUUUCAGGUCAAUGCUCAUAAACUGUAUCAACGCUUGGGUUUCAAGGUAACCAAAAUAAUACCAAGCCGUACUAGACUUGGAAGGUUUGCAAACCUGUCUGUGGUGUUCUACAGCUAUGAUCUCUAG